AUGGCCCAACAUCUGGAUUCAAGCUUCUCCAUCCGAAAUUUGUUGGCAGGUCCUGAUGGUACAAAUCCAGCGCUGACACCACCACCAUCCGAUGGGUCUUUAUCGCCCAAUACCUCCAUGUUGUCGAACGGAGAUAAUAAUGGAAGUCGCCCGAACUUGACGUACAGUGCUUUGGUGACAAUGGCGAUACGAAGCAGUCCUGAAGGCAAACUGACGAAGGAGGAGCAAGGCUGGCAGAGCCAAAUACGGCAGACGCUAAGCACGAAUUCAUGCUUCCUUAAGGUGCCAAGAGCGUUGGACGACUCAGGACGUGGAAACUAUUGGGCGUUGAGUUCUGAAUUACCAGCAGUUCGUACUGCCAGUGUGGGAAAUGGUAGUGCGAUCGGAGCAUUGAUAAAUGGUGUACCACAUCCUCAGGCUCCAAAUGCGGUUUACUUCCCCACGCUCCACUAG